AUGCAUUCUUUGAUUGGCCGUACUCUGCUGUGGACUGAAGCUUCGCCUGUUCAAAGCUCAUCAGCACAGCUAGGGUCAGCGAACCACAGAAAUAGGCCUCAUAUAACGGUGAAGUUAUGUGGAAAAACGUAUUUACGUGGUUCGAAAGUCAUUGGAGGCGAAGAUGCAAAAUUCGGCGAAGUUCCUUGGCAGGAUUUCAUUUUUCUUUCUCAGUACUAUACCAAAGGUUAUAAUCCUGGAAACUUCCUGGGAGACAUUGCCCUUCUCGAGCUCACAGAGCCAGUGAAACUCCAACGUCAUAUAGUUCCAGUGUGUCUACCACAGGCCGAACAGGAGUUCACAGGAAGUUUAGGAACAGUCACAGGCUGGGGCCGAACAAAACAUGGAGUUCGAGCUGUUCCCAGUAAACUCCAAAAAGCAGUGGUGGAGAUUAUGGAUAGUAAAAAAUGUCAGCAGUGGUACAAGAGUGUAGGAAGAAGAGAAAAGAUCUAUCAAGAGAUGGUAUGUGCUGGUUACAAACACGGUGGAAAGGAUGCUUGCCAGGGUGAUUCAGGUGGUCCACUAACAGUUAAAACCAACGGGAGGUACACACUGGUAGGAAUUGUUUCGUGGGGAGUGGGAUGUGGCCGAGCAAACCUUCCAGGUGUUUACACUAAAGUUUCUUCAUUUAUGACGUGGAUCAAAACUUAUGUUAAUUGAUCAAACCUCAGUUUCUAG